AUGUUGACUCGAUUGGUGAGGUUGUCAUGUGGCCGAGUUGGCAAGUGUUUGAAAUCGGAUAGCCGUCGUUGUUUCGCAAGCGAUACGGAUGUGGGCAGUACCGCCGCUGAUGAAGAUAUCGGCGAUGAACCAUGGAAAGACCCUUGGAAAUAUGCAAUUAAACGUAAAGGUUCAGCGAUUAAGUUUAUUUGUAUCAUUGGAAUUGUUAUUUCUCGACUUACAUUUGCAGAGAAGACGUUGACUGGUUUCGAAGAAGCCAACGUUGAUUGGAAGUAUGUAGAGCGAUUGAUGCCGCAUAAGGUUAUUCCGGAUAUACCCGAACAUAGCCAAUACCCAACGCCAAGUGGUUGGAGACCACCAAAUCCAUCCCCGGAUUUGCCGUAUUACGUUGGUCGUAGACGAACGCAUACAUUACCGUUAUUUUUGGAACGAAGACGUGACCAGUUGGAUCCGAAAACAAUGGAAUUUGAAUAUGUUGAGAUUGUAGCGCUACGAAACGUUCACGGCGAUAUUUUUGCAUGUGAGCGAGAUUUGCGAGAAUACUUGGAAAAUGAAUUGAAACAUCCGGUUGCGACGAAUGUUGAUGAGUUGAAGGGAAUCAUUCGCGUUAAAGGCGCCGACAGGACGUUGCUGGAGAGAUUUUUAUUCGAUUGUGGUUUUUGA